CUACAAGGGCCUGGACACAGAGACCUGGGAGGAAGUUGCCUGGUGCGAGCUCCAGGACAGAAAAUUGACAAAAGUAGAGAGACAGAGAUUUAAAGAGGAAGCAGAAAUGUUGAAAGGUCUUCAGCAUCCAAACAUUGUUAGAUUUUAUGACUUCUGGGAAUCCUGUGUAAAAGGAAAGAGAUGUAUUGUGCUGGUUACUGAAUUGAUGACCUCCGGCACACUGAAAACGUAUCUGAAGAGAUUUAAAGUGAUGAAACCAAAAGUUCUUCGUAGCUGGUGCCGGCAGAUUCUCAAAGGUCUACUUUUCUUGCACACAAGAACUCCACCCAUCAUUCACAGAGACUUAAAAUGUGACAAUAUUUUUAUUACUGGACCAACUGGAUCUGUGAAAAUUGGAGAUUUAGGUCUGGCAACCCUGAAGAGAGCUUCAUUUGCCAAAAGUGUAAUAGGUACUCCAGAAUUUAUGGCCCCAGAAAUGUAUGAAGAACACUAUGAUGAAUCAGUUGACGUAUAUGCUUUUGGAAUGUGCAUGUUGGAAAUGGCUACCUCAGAAUAUCCCUAUUCAGAAUGUCAGAAUGCUGCUCAGAUUUACCGGAAAGUAACCUGUGGUAUCAAGCCAGCAAGUUUUGAAAAAGUAACUGAUCCUGAAAUUAAGGAGAUAAUUGGAGAGUGUAUUUGCAAAAAUAAAGAAGAAAGAUAUGAAAUUAAAGACUUAUUAAGCCAUGCCUUUUUUGCUGAAGAUACAGGGGUAAGAGUGGAACUUGCAGAAGAAGACCAUGGUAGGAAAUCCUCUAUUGCCUUAAGACUCUGGGUAGAAGAUCCUAAGAAACUGAAAGGAAAACCCAAAGAUAAUGGAGCCAUUGAGUUUACUUUUGAUCUGGAGAAGGAAACUCCUGAUGAUGUUGCACAAGAAAUGAUUGACUCUGGCUUUUUUCAUGAAAGCGAUCUCAAGAUAAUUGCAAAGUCAAUACGUGACAGAGUAGCAUUAAUACAAUGGAGAAGAGACAGAAUUGGGCCCAGGAUCCAGUCAGAGGACCGUAGAGAUUCUGACUGUUUGGAGAAACUGAAGGUCCCACAUGCACAACAGGUUCAAGUUACGUACCUUUCCCAUGCUGGUCACCAUAUCCUGUCGGAAUCAGAGGAGCCAGAAGCUGACCAGCAUCCAUUUCAGCAGAACCUGCCUACCAGCGUCACAUCUGUUGCAUCUGACAGCACAUUUGACAGUGGUCAGGGGUCCACUGUUUAUUCAGACUCCCAGAGCAGCCAGCAAAGUGUCAUCUAUUCAUCUAUGCCUGAUUCAAUACCUCCUGCUAUUCAACGGGUUUACAGUCCACCUCUAAGUGAGAGCCAGGCUUUGCCUCAUAGUCUUCAGCAACUAGGGCACUACCAGCAGCCUUCAGGACCUGGACUUCCAGUAGUUCAGACUCCACCUGCUGCUGCUACUCUGUCUCAGCGACCACAACAUUAUCAAGAACCAGCAAUGACCUUUCCAGUUGUACAACCAACCACAGUUGCUUCAUUGCAGAUAGGUCAACAGCAGCCUGUGUUAGGCAGCCAGCAGCAGCAGUCCAUGGCACAGCAAGCCUCCCUGCAGCAGGUUCUAGCCAGCCAGCCAGUUUGUCCAUUGCAGCCUGCAGCCCAUUUGUUACCCCAGUAUCAAACCCAGAAUUCUCAGGUGGCAGCUAACAGUAUACAACUAAAACCCCUACAGAUUUCUACUGUGCCACAGGUUCCUCAAGUCCCACCCACCCAGAUUCCUCAGUUUCCUGUCAUUCCUGCAAUUACUCCUCUGGCAGGACUUGACAACCUUCCUCCAAACCUCUCUGAUUUACCUGCUGCAAGUGUGCCCCCUAUUCCUGCUCCUUCUCAAUAUUUUACUCCAGCUGUGAUUUUACCAAGCCUUCCCAUGAACCCUGCUCUGCCUCUGGCACCAAACUCCCCUGCCCUACCCAUGCAGGCAGUCAACCUUCCUCAUACUACUGUGGCUUCUUUGGUCUUGCCUUGCCAAACAAUAGUGCCAAAUAUGUCGGCUGCUCCAAUACCAUUACUUGCUGUGGCUCCACCGGGAGUGUCAGCUUUGCCAACACAUCAUGCAAUAUCCCAGCUCUCCCAGAUGUACCAGACUACCUUCCAGCAGAUAAUUCAGAAUGAAGCUCCCUCUCCCCAUCACACUCAGAGCACGCAAGCAGUUUCGCAGCAGCUGCCUCCACUUCCUCAGUCACUUCAGCCAAGCAUAAUUCAUCUUUCAGAACAGACUAUGUCUGCAUCUGGGGCUGGUAACCAGAUUAUUGGACAACCUCAGUAUGCUUUGGAAACUGGAGCCCAGGUGCCUAUAAUGCCAGUACAGCCUUCGAAAAUUAUAUCACCACCUUUGCAGUCACAGCCUGAAAUAUUGCCUUCCUGCCUUGGGCAAGAUCUUUCACAGCUUCGUGGCAGUCUUGCUACACCUAGUGCAACAGUGCCCAUAGAUCAGUGUCUGCCUCUUCAGCCUUCGGGUCUUCUGCAACUUCAGCCAGAGCUUUCCCAGCCUAUGAGAAAGCAGGUCUCAGCUCCAUGUUCAGCUAUCCAGUCGAUUACAGAGUCAUCUCAAGAGGAUGCAGUGCAGGAUAAACAGCAAACACUAUCCCAGAGCUGUGAAAGCUACAUGGUUCCUGACAUUGCUUCAGGUAGAGAGAUGAGCGAUAGCUUUGAAGGAGUGACUGGAAGUGGAAAACUAGAAGGAAAACCUUCAAAGAAGCAUAAGAAAUCUACACGUGCUCGUUCACGCCAGGAAAAGUCCAGCAAACCCAAACUGACCAUUCUCAAUGUUUGCAACACAGGGGAUAAGAUGGUAGAAUGUCAGCUUGAAACACACAAUCAUAAAAUGGUGACUUUUAAGUUUGAUUUAGAUGGUGAUGCACCAGAAGAAAUUGCUACUUACAUGAAUGCUGUCAUCACCAGCAUCCAAAACUGUUGCCUUGGUCCCAGCACCCUUUGUAGGAUCACACCAGAUUCUCAUCACAUAAAGGUAGAGAAUGAAUUCAUUUUGCAGACUGAAAAAGAAACAUUCAUUGAACAGAUGAAAGAUAUCAUUGAUAAAGCAGAAGAUAUGCUUAGUGAAGAUACAGAAGGAGAACGAAGUUCUGAUCAGGGAACAAGUCCCCAGCAGGAUGCUGACAGAUUGGAAAUGGAUGAGGAAAAACGGCAGUAUCAAGUGAAGACACCUGUGUAUCAACAGAAUGUUUUACACACUGGGAAAAGAUGGUUUAUUAUAUGUCCGGUUGUGGAAAAUCCCACUGCUGAAGUACCAGAGUUCUCUCCACCAGUUCCUCAGAGCACACAACAGCCUGAAGGUCCAGAUGCAGAACAGGCUGACGAUCACCCAGUGAACUCUACAGUGACAGAUAAACCAAGUAUCUUAGCUUAUCAGCAGCUUUCUCAUCGAACAAGUUUGUGCGACAGUCCCAGUGCAACACCUGUUUCUUUGGCACAAGUUCCUACUGCAGUGUCUUCAGCAGCUUUACAGACCCAGGCAGAAAUUUCAGCCGCGACAUUACCAGGGACUGUGCCAUAUAUGCUAGAGCAGGUUGCUGCUAAUACAGGUCAACAAGAAUAUCCUUCACUACAGCCAAUGAUACCCAGUCAGCCCAAUACUCCUGCCCAUACUGCAGCUUCACUAGAAGAGCCUGCUGACAUUCAGCUUGUUCCAUUAUCCUCCCAACAAACACUACAGCUGAAAGAUGAAGACACUUGUAUUCCUGAUGUGGAGAUUUCAUGUUGCACUGUUGGGCCACCCAAAUCGUCUCAGACAGCCCCUGCCCAGGCGGCAGAACUCUUUCCACUUCCUGUUAUCUCUGAUGUGGGAAUUUUAGAAAGUCAGCCUGUACCACAAAUCCCCCAUUUGUCAGAGGCCAGUCAGCCCAGUGUGGUGCAGCAUUCCUUUGUGAGCCAGAUGCUCCCAGUAGCUAUUGUUUCUGAUUCUCUAAGUCUGACAGGAUCUCAGCUUCAGAGUCCAACCCAAGUCUCAGGAGCUAUGUCCCAGCAACAUGUAAUGCUGACACAAUCCCAGCCAGUCGCCUGCACUGGGGUUGGCAUCAACUUGCUACAGCAGCCCUGUACAGUAGAGUCGGAUGGAGAGGGGCCACCCAGGGUUGAUUUUGUUGACAACACAAUAAAAAGUCUGGAUGAGAAAUUACGUAAUUUACUUUACCAAGAGUAUGUUCCAACUUCUGCAUCAGCAGGGACACCAGACAGUUCUGUACCGUUAGAACAAGCUGACAGUGAGUUCGUUAACCUACCACCUUUUAUUGAAGACCAAAUUCCCACUCUCAUACUGGAUUUAAGAGAACCGGGUUAUAAUGUUUCAGACACCUGCCAGCAAGUUAAUACUGCUAAAGACCAAUUCGUGUCAGUUGUCCCUGCUGAAAUGCCACUGUACCCUGUAUUGGCUAGUUGUACAACUGUACCCUGUAUACCCAUAAAUCCAGCAGAUACAGAAACUUCAGCCAUACUAAGAAGUGCUGCAGACCAAGUCAAAGAGACAAUGCUGGAAAGAUCUGAAACGACCAGCAUUGGUGUCAGUUCCUCAGAAGUAAGAGGUGGGUCUCCAAGCAGAAAAGGUUCUGCUGCCAGCGUUACUUCAACUCCUGCUGCUACAACAACAAAAGGUCUUCCUCAGGCUGCAUCUGCAUCAUCAAAUAUUGCUAAACAGAUGGAAACUUCUAAAACAAAUGAGAAGGCAAAGACCAUAACUCCAUCUGCAGCCACAGAGAAUUUAAUACAGGCACCUAGAGUAGAUGGGGAGAUAAGUGACUCUGGUUCUUGUGGAAAGCAGACUGAAGUGCCUGAGAAUAGUACACCAGCCAAAACUAUUGGCAGGUUUUCUGUGAUCAGCACACAGGAUGAAUUAACUUUAACAUCACCACACUGCUUGAGGUUCUCUGCACCACCAGAUGUUUAUUUGGAUGAGCUUCCCUCCAGCCCUGAUCUGAAGACUUCAGUACGAAGAGUGCAGACAGCCUCUUCUGUUGAUGUCUUUUAUGACCAUGGUUCCAGCGAUUCUGGUGAUGAGUCUCUCCAACACCAAUCUCUUGCUGCUCAGCCCUCCGUGCAGAGUACUACUGCAGCCAGUGACUUAAUAAAAAAAGCAACUGCUUUUCUGCAAAGAUCUGGAAAGACCAUUUCACAAGGCCUGGAAUCCCCUAAUGGUCAGGGAGCAAAAAUUCCCACUAUCAAUAUAACAACUUUCCAUUCACAGUCAUCAUAUAUGAGCAGCGACAAUGACUCGGAAUUUGAAGAUGCAGAUAUGAAGAAAGAAUUGCAGAAUCUGAGAGAGAAGCACAUGAAAGAAAUAGCUGAACUGCAGACUCAGCAGAAAAAUGAGAUAGAGGCUCUCUAUGCUCGACUGGGAAAACCCUUGCCACCCAAUGUGGGGUUUCUUCACUCGGCCCCACCAAGUGGCCGCCGCCGAAGAACCAACAAAAAUAAAUUAAAAGGAGGAAAACUCUUAAACCCUCUGGUUCAGCAUCUCAAAAGUGAACCCUCAAAUACAAGUAAUUUGUCAGAGUGCAAUGAGUCUCUCCCCAAAGAAACAACAAAAACUCAUUCUGGAUCUCCUACAGCAACAGUAACUUCUUCUGCAUCAGCAACAUUUGGGAAAUCGGUUCAGACACAACAGCCAUGCUCCGUUAAAGCCUCACUGUCUUCUGAAAUCUGCUCCGGCCUAGCCUCUGAAGGAGGUGGCACCCAUGGAAAUUCUGGCCAAGGCUGGACGGUUUUCCACCAAACGUCUGAGAGAGUGACCUAUAAAUCUAGUAGCAAACCUCGUACCAGAUUCCUCAGUGGACCUGUGUCUUUGUCCAUCUGGUCCACUCUGAAACGACUAUGUCUAGGCAAAGAUCACAGUAGUAGAUCCUCUACAAAUAGUCUUGUAACGUGUCCUGAGCCCCUACCACAGUCAACUCUGCAGGUACAGGUGCAAGCUAACAACAGUAACAACAAGAAAGGAACCUUCACAGAUGAUCUUCACAAGCUGGUGGAUCAGUGGACAAGCAAGACUGUUGGAGUUGCACAGACAAAACCUUCUUUGAAUCAACUGAAACAGAACCAAAAAAGGCAAGACAUGGAGCCAAAGGCUAAUCCCAUGCAGAUCCAGAAUGAGACAUGUGGCGUUAAUUCAGUAAGAACAGGAAUGGGGAAAAAGUGCGUUGUUCCAGUGUCUUGUCCCAUGUCAGCUGCAUUAACUCCUGGAGUUUCACCAUCCAUGCCAGUGCCUAUGCCAGAUUCUGAAAAUGAGACCAUCGCUGAGUGACACGUGGCCAGCUCAGAGGCAGUGCCAAGCACACGGUCCUACUUCAGCUAAGCGGGAGGAAGAGGAAGCUGUGAAAUGAUGUCGUGCAAGCAAUUCUGUACUAUUCUGGUCCGCUCUUCACAAUUUUGUAACUUCUUUCUAAGCAUUUUUUAUUAAGAGUUGGAAAUACAGAAAUGUUAUGCAAAAAUAAAGGAAAAAUAUUUUGGGGGAAACAGA